UCUCGAGAUUAAUUUCUAUUUUUCUUUCACAAACAAUAUUUUGUUGCAGACUAGUCUUUUGCUAUUACAAGGUAGUUUUGUGAUAGGUAGGUUUAUGGCGCUAAGUACUUCGUAAAUAUGUCGACAUCAAGUGCGAAAGUGGAAUCUUUCGAAGACUUCUAUUCUGAGGUCAAGGAAAUCGAGAAGCGUGAUUCUGUGUUGACUCCGAAACAACAGAUAGAUAGACUGUUGAGGCCCGGUUCUACGUACUUUAACCUCAACCCGUUCGAAGUGCUACAAGUAGAUCCAGAUGCAAGUCUUGAUGAAAUCAAGAAAAAGUACAGGCGACUGUCGAUACUGGUGCACCCUGACAAAAACAUUGAUGACUCUGAGCGUGCGCAACAGGCAUUUGAGAUUGUGAACAGAUCAUGGAAAAUCUUAGAGAAUGAGGACACCAGGGCAAAAUGUUUAGAUGUGUACCAGGAAGCAAAGGAGCGUACCGAGCAUAUGAUAGAACAGAAGCGGAAGAAGCAGAGGAAGGAAGGCCGCAUGUCUGAGGGUAUACCGGAGGAUGAUCCCGAAAAGUACAGACAUGCUAUAUACGUUAUGACUAUGAAGCUGUUCGCGGACAUGGAGCGGAAGCGGCAGCACCUCGAGACGCGUGACAUGGAGGAGCGGAAGCGGAAACGCGAGGCCGAGAUCGAGCAGGAGGAACAGAUGUCCCUCGAGAAGGAGUGGGCGAAGAACUUUGAGGAAUCUCGACAAAAUCGCGUAGACAGCUGGAAAACUUUCCAGUCUGGUGACAAAGAAAAGAAGAAGAAGAAGAAAAUAAUGGGUUUCAAACCACCCAAACCCAAACCAGAGAGCAGAUAACUUGUGUUUUAAUUUUAGUGUAGUUCUUAUCUACAAUUAUUGUCCAUAAAUACAUAUUAAUUAAUAAAUAA